CUCGCUCUGGUUCUCUUCAUUAAUUUGAAAGGACCAUGAGAAAGCGCAAUUCUCAACCUGUUCCCAAAGAAAAAGGGAACAAGAGGAAAAAGGUCAUACUGGAAAACAGCCAACGUACGCUAGAGUCAUUCUUUCAAAAGCGGCAAUUCUCUGAGGAGACCAGUGCUUGUACAUCGCCAAUCGAAGGUGACGAUCAUAAUGACACGAACAGCACAACGCGCACUCUCGAGAUUAUUCCAGAUGAUAGCGAAAGCGACCUUCUGCUACUAGAAAAGCUUGUGAAAUCCAAUUCGGGUGAUCCCUUGGAAAGUCAGUCCAAUAGCUCUGUUCCUGGUUCGUCAGUCGUCGACGCCAUAUCCAUUGAUGAAAUCCAGCCUUUUUUUGCCACCUCAAUGUACACUGAUGAAUUUGAUAAAAUUAUGGAAACUGUGCUGGAGAACGAGAAAUAUCUCUUCACGGAUGAAGAACUCCAAAUUGCUGAGAAGCAUCGCGUCCUACAUAUCGAGGCCAAGCAUCUGUUUGUGCGCAUCUUUUUGCGGAAACACAAGUGGAUACGACUGCGUAAAACAGAUUAUUCUCGUAAUAUUGCAGAUAUCAAUCAUGCCAGCAGCAUUCUAUGCAGUCGGCAAAUAAAGUUUGCACGCGAUGAAACCGAGCUCGUCGACCUCGCUCACUUGCUUGAUAUACUACUCGUGGAUGAGCUUAAAGCGCUUAUACAAAAUUCACGAAUCUCAAUACCCAGAGGCUCAGCACAAAAUCGUUGUAGCCUCAUCAAUUGCAUUCUUGAUUAUGCUAACGGAAAGCAGCGUCCGAGUCCACUUAAAGACAACUCACAAAGGUUGCUGGCAUUUGAGCAAAAGACGAAGGACGAUGGUUUUACUGAGAAGGGAGCGCAAGAAAGAGUACAGCUCUUGAUAUCGGAUGUCAAGACUAUGAUUGGGCCUUGCAUAAUACUGGAAGAAACUAUACGAACAUUGUUUGAAAAAAUUCAAUUUGUAUAUUAUCGAGCAAGCAGUCAAUCGAAUGUUAGUGCAAUGACAGCGGCAAUUCUAGUUCGUACUUCUCGGAGAACUUUUCCAUCCUAUAUUGUAUGUAGAUCAAACAAUUUUUGGCCACAUCGAGAUGACCUACUGGAGUACUAUCAAGCUGUAAAAGUAUAUCAAGGAUUCAAAGAUAUGAUCGAGGACUUGUACGCAAAUCGUAAGAAUGAGAGAGCCCAGAGUGCCGAACAAUGGCGAUGCAAGGAAGUUGAGGUGCUGACCAUAGCUUGGCUGCAAUGUGAGAGUACCCUAGAAAAUUGGAAAAUUAUCAUCAAGAAACAAGAGGCCAAAGUAACCUCGGACGAUGAUUGGGAUACGGCGCGUCUCUACUUCCGGAAGCGGUUUGAAGCUGGUUGGGUUUACACUCAUAUGAUUGAGGAUGGCGCUGAGGUGUUAGGCCGGUUACAUGAAUAUGAGAAGGAGGUCCUUAUUUUGAAGACUUUGCUUGGUCAAAACGUGUACCGCCUGGGAAAACGAGGAGCUUGGUUCGACAGACUUGCCUUGGUGCAAAUGAACCAUCUUCGCAGUGGAAAUCGCCGAAUACAUCUCAAAGCCGCUUUGGAAACCUGUACCAAAGCUAUUCGAGACCCCAAAGUCCAUCUAGUUUAUAUGUCGUCGUUGCAACGACGAAUCAUGCGAUUGGAAAGCAUGUUAAAUGUACCAAAGAGAGAACAACACGACUUUUUCUACAACAGACUUACCACUGCUACGGAAAGAAUCAUCUACGGGGAACGCUUAUCUGAUGCUGUGGUUGGAGUUAAAUCUGUGUUCCGGAAUAAUGAUGGAGGAGAAUGUUCAGUCGAGGAGCUGGCUCUUGGCUACUACAAUAAGAAUGGAUACAAGGGUUUCCAUUCUGAAAAUGGCAUCAUCAAAACAAUAUUUGGGCUAUUGUUCUGGGAUAUUUUAUUUGCCCCUUUUCCUGAUGUCCUGGAAACGCCAUUCCAAACUGCACCAUUGGAUUUGCCAACUGAUGCCUUCUUUAUUGGCAGAUCCUAUGAGAUAUAUACCAGAUUGCGAGAGCUAUCCAACGGAAAAGGUCUAGAGAUAUUGAAAACGGUCUAUGAUCGCGAAAGCAAAGCCAAAACGUGGUGCAUCGGUGUCACAUGGGAUUAUGAAUUGGAUGAUCUUUUGCAGAUAACUGAAUGUAUUGGAGCGAAUGCUUUAGCCCAAAUUUGCAAGGUUUUUGCGGAGGAGUAUGACCAUCGAACAGGUGGCAUGCCAGACCUAUGCUGUUGGAAUUACGAGAAGAGGGAAUGCUUGUUUGUUGAAGUCAAAGGUCCAGGCGACAUCCUUUCGGAAACACAAAAGGUGUGGAUCGAUUUGUUGAUUAACUCCGGAGUAGGCGUAGAACUCUGCCAUAUUAAGAUAUGGGACGGGGAAGACGAGUUGCUCAAUCAUUGAUAUACAUUUCGUUUGCUAAUCUCUAACAUAUGAUAUAAACCUAAUUCAAAUGAUCAUUUAAUAUGUAAAUGGAAGAUAGAUUUAUUUCUUACUCGGAACCAUUGAUGGUUAGAAAACGUGGUGCUAAUAUACUGUCAUGGGCCAAUAAGGC